AUGGCCCCGCGUAUAUUGAACUACCGUUCCGCAUACGUUCUGUGUGCUUAUGCACCUCGUCAUUCCAGAUCUUUGCGAACGCAAUUGGUUGGUUGUCAACGGGAUGUUGAAUACUUAGCUAAACUGCACUGCCUUCGCCAAGCGUUGGAUUAUAUAUUUGAACAACCCGAACCGACAGAGUGGUUGGAAUCGGUUGGACGACUUUCCGGCUGUCGACUCUUACACUGUCUAGGUUAUCCAACUACCGAGUUUGACGAAGCUUAUGGACGUCUCAUGUCCUUUGUCCACUCGCAACGCAAAUUGCCCAACAAUUUGAUCUGCGAGGAACUCAUGGCCAAGGGGAUUAAGGUGAUCAAUUUCUACGAUGUCGUGGUCGAUUACAUGUUGCUGGAUUCGCUCGAAUUAUUGUCCGAUCCACCUAGUUCUGUCCUGUCCGUCACACGACAUCGUUGGCUCAGUGAUAAUUUCAAGCGGGUCGCACUUGAUUCAACCAUAUGGACCAUUCUAUUGGCUAAGAGAAAACUUCUAAAAUAUGCGGAUGGAUUUUGUGCACAUUAUUAUACCCUAGUUGGGACAUUCAGUCCGGCUUUGGCCUGGGGAUUCCUCGGACCGGACGAGAAUGCCCAACGAGCGUGCAACCGAUUCCGGGAAACUAUCAACGCAUUUCUCCGUGAAGCGUUUGUCUGUCGAGACACACCAGACACAAGUACCCGAAGUGUAUCUCGUCCAACCAAAUCGGACCUGUUGAACUUAACCGAUCGCACCAUCACCACGGAUACAGAAUUGUUAGAAGAAAUGGAAGCGUUGGAAUUGGCUCGGCAGGAUGACAUUCAUUUAGAUGAUUCCGAUGAAGUUGAUGAGGGUGACGAUACAAGCACAGUGAUUUGUCGAACCUCGGAUCAACCAGAUGACUUAAACCACACUUCAUCCUCCCGGUCACAUUCAGCCUCCUCCAUCUCAAAACACAAAGGGCUUAGGUAUACGACUGUAUCCGAAUUAGCCGAGGAUUUGUAUCAGCUGUUUAAGAUUUCCAUUACUCAGCUAACACGAAUGUUCUGCGAAGAAGCUCGCUUCGCGGGAAAUCCCAUUCCAGACGACUGGGCAGUCAAUCCGAUCGCUCCUAGUUUACGUAAAUCUGUCGAGUUUUAG